AUAACUAUUUGUAAUGGAGUUAUUCUUUACUGUAUAGUUUACUUAUUAACUACAGUAAUCAAUCAAAUUUCAAAUCAGUAUAAAAUGAAGUCAUUAUACCUAAUUGAUUCAAAGAGAAUAUCUGCCAAUAUUACCAACUAUACACCUAAACCAGUCAAUCUUACGAGUUUGCAGUACCUACUACAAUCAAACCACUGUCAAAAAUACAAAAAAGAGUUUCUAGCUAUAAUUAUGAUAAAAUCAGCUGCAAAUAACACGAUGAAACGUAUGUCUCAUCGUCAAUCUAAAUCACAAAAAGAACUAGCAAAUUUAGGCUUACAACGUAUAUUUUUACUCGGUGAAGUUGCACCUAUGAUGAGUAACAUUAAUCAGACAACCCUACAACUUGAACACGAUACUUACGGUGAUUUAGUACAGGGCAGUUUUCAAGAUACCUAUCAGAAUUUAAGCUAUAAAAUGUGGAUGGGUCUAGAUUGGACAUCUUCUGAAUGCAAAAAUGCUAAAUUUAUCAUUAAUAUGGAUGAUGAUGUUGUUUAUGAUAUAUACUAUAUAAUAAACUAUCUAAAAAACUUUUUUCGGAUAAGUUUGAAACUUGCGAUAUCUGAUGAAUUGUUAAUUGGUCAAGUACUUACUAAUAAAGCAUCUCGAAAUACCAAAUUUAAGUGGUACGUUACACAUGAUGAAUAUGCAAAAGAUUCUUAUCCACUCUAUGUUGCUGGUUGGUUUUAUAUAACGAAUCCAUUGACUGCAGCUCGAUUAGCAAAAGAAGCCAUACAGACUCCAUUCUUUUGGAUUGAUGAUAUUUGGAUGACUGGUAUUGUGCGCGAACGUCUUCAGAUACCUCUACAAACUAUAUACAGUUGGUUUACUUAUAAGAAUUCACAAUUAAAAAGGUGCAUUGAAGACGUGAAGGAGUUUCAAUAUUUCUGUGAUUAUAAAGUGGGUCCCAAUAAUAAGGAACCUAAUUUCUUGUAUAUAUAUCAAAAUUAUAUGAAAAUAUGUUCUGAAGGCAAGUGUAAGCAGCGACCUGCUGCGAUUACUCCUAAUGCUUAG